CGCAUUGCUCUCUCCCCAUCAACAAAACACUCCACAACACAAUGCUCACCCCAAUUCGAAGGAGAGGCGCUUUGUGCGCCUCUACGAUAAUCCAAACCUCGGAAUCGAUUCCCUCAUUCCUCCUCCCCGCCUUCCAGCCCGCCAGGACCUUCGCAACCACCUCACCACGCCUCUCGAAGAUCGGCUCCUUACCACUCUCGAUUCCGCCGGAGGUCAGCUUCAAAGUUGUUGCGCCUUCCCUGGGCGGCGGCCGUGGCAAUGGCAAUGGAAACAAGGGCGGCGUUCGCACGCAGGCAAUGUCGACUGUGCACAUCAAGGGCCCGCUCGGCGAGCUGUCGAUGGACAUCCCGAGCUAUGUGAAGAUCGACCAGGACCCGAGCCUCCUGGGACCAACGCUGUCCAUCGAGGAUGCUAAGGAUGCUAAGCAGAGGGCUAUGUGGGGCACCACCCGCGCAUACCUUCAAAACCACAUCCUGGGCGUCAGUGAAGGCCACAGUGCGAUCCUCCGCCUCGUCGGCGUCGGCUACAGAGCCUCUGUCGAGACGACCGCAACGACCGUCGAAUCCGAGUACGCAGGCCAGCAGUUCGUGAACCUGAAGGUCGGGUACUCGCACCCAGUCGAGCUCGGGAUCCCCAAGGGCGUGAAGGCCAGCACGCCGCAGCCGACCCGGCUGCUGCUCGAGGGCGCCGAGAAGGAGGUCGUGAUGCAGUUCGCGGCCAAGAUCAGGAAGUGGAGGGUCCCCGAGCCGUACAAGGGCAAGGGCAUCUUCGUCAACGACGAGACGAUCAAGCUCAAGAACAAGAAGAUCAAAUAGAUGGCAACCGAGUUCCCCCUUACCUCUCUCACGGGAACCCCAUUCUUGUUGUCGUGUAUUAUACGGGAUCUUGUCGCGACUUACAUAUCCUUGGAUGUACGAACGAAAUGUAUCAUUAUUUUUUUCAUUAUCAUACGUGCAGAGUGACCUUGCACGAGACAGACUCAGGGAAAUCAUCAUGCCUGUACAUAGUGUAUGUAGCAUACCACCAUGACCAAGAACCACCACCAUCUCAUCCCCAAAUUUCCUCUCCUU